GCCACCGUCACCUCGCCAUUCACAAUGUCCUCGCAUAUGCGGAAGUCGUUCUUGAAGAACUGGUUCGCCGUUGAGGCGACCCCCAUUUUUGCUGUUGUCGGAGCGGUUAUAAUCGGUGGGACUUGGUAUCUCACACGGCUUGCGCGGGGCCCAACUGUCGUCUGGACGAAGGAGAACCCCACUCCCUGGAACGACAUCCAGCCAAAUGAGGGUACCAAACUACUCACUGUCAACCAGCACUUCGACAAGAGCUGGGAAAGGAAGAAGCUUUAAAUGUCCGCCUACUUUCCCGUCGUGUAUGGAGGUCUGGAAUUCAUGCGGUGGACGCUCUGUAGCCGCCCUCUCAAAUGUCCCUGAUCAUCCCUUCCCAAUGUAUUAUAAUGCGUGACGUGUGAUGUCUGU